UUAUCAGAAUUAAGUUAUAUUUACUAUAAUUAAAAGCAAGGCAUUAAUAAUUUAAGUAUAGUUGUGCUAAUAAUAUUAAAUAUUAUUAAGCCUUUCCAAUUAAACCUCUUAAUUUAGUGUGGCGUUUUAUGGAGUGUACUAAAUAAAUUCAAAUUACUGAAAUGGAAGAAGCUGCAAGUUUAAAUCAUCAUGGUCCUCCAAUUAAUAUGUUGCCUCCUACGCCUCCAGGGCUUGAAUCAUUAUAUAAUUUGUGUCGAAAAGUUUAUCCUGACCAAGUAAAUCCUUUGCAAGUUACAGCAUUGUUAAAAUAUUGGCUUGGGGGUCCAGAUCCACUAGAUUAUAUUUCUAUGUAUGCAAACCCAGGAAUACCAAGUGAAAAUAUUCCACCUCAUUGGCAUUAUAUAAGUUUUGGAUUGUCCGACCUUCAUGGUGAUGGAAGGGUUCAUGAUUUAUCAGGAUCUGAUGGUCCUUCGGGAUUUGGUUUUGAGUUAACCUUUAGACUGAAACAUGAGCCAGGUGAAACUACGCCACCAACAUGGCCAGCAACAUUGAUGCAGUCUCUUGCUAAAUAUGUUUUUCAUUCAGGGAAUUCUCUUUGUUCUGGUGAUCAUGUUUCUUGGCACUGUGCUUUAGACAACAGUGAAUCAAAAGUUCAACAUAUGCUGAUGACAACCGAUCUUCAGUUAAAUUCUACACAGACUCCAUUUGGUACAGUUAAUUUUAUACAGAUUGUUGGUAUUUGUACUGAAGAAUUAAAGGCUGCUCAACAGUGGAAUGGUGCAGGGAUAUUAGAUAUACUAAGGAGAUUACCAAUUGCUGGUGGAUCUUGGCAUAUAACAGACAUGCGUAGAGGGGAAAAUAUUUUUGAAUUAGAUCCUUACGCACAAGAAGAAGUAAAUAGGGGUUUUGAAAUAGAAGGUUCAAAUUUAAGUGGCGUUUCUGGUAGAUGCUCCUGGUCAGAACAAAAUUAUUUCAAUGGAAAAGAAUUUAAAGAUGUCAGCUCACAAUUGGACAACACAUACCAUCCAAGUUUGUUAGGGAGUUCAUUGGAAUCUCCAGAAAUGUUACGCAUAAGAAAACUUGAUGGAGUUCACUUAAUAUUUAAUUUAGAAGCUGGCAGUUUAUUACCACUGGCCAUAAGGGGCAGAGUGAAGCACGGCAGACACUUUACAUUUAAAUCAAUACUGGGAGACACAGCUGUAACAUUAGUUGCUAAUUCUGUUACAGAAACAUUAGUUAAUAUAGACCAUCCAUACGUUGCUCAAGGUUCAUGGUUGCAAGUUUUAAUUCCGGAUGAUUUGGAACAAGAUAUGGCUGUUACGUUUCAGGCGCUGGCAAGUCCCGAAGCUUUAUCUUUACCUAAAACAUUUUCGUGGCCAGAUAGAAAGCUCUCCAUUACUAUUGUCGCAGAUAAAGUUUGAAAACAUACUUUUUUGGACGAAUUGUAUGAAAAUGACUGCAUUAAUUAUUACGGGUAAAAUAAUAUCUAGUGACAAGAUUUAUCACAUAAAUUCUGCCAGUUUAUCAGUAAAAACAUUACAGAGGGCCAAGUGACUUGAUUUAAAUUUGUCUCAAUAUUAUGGAUUGCUUGAAAGUUUGUGAAUCUCUAUGAGUAAUUUAAGUGCCUUAUUAAAAGAUUUUUAUUAAGUUAAGGUAUAAGAAUUUAAAUAUUCUUAAUAACGGUGCUUAUGAGUAAAAUUAAUUAUUUAUUCAUUAAUAUUAGAUAUUAGGUUGUGAUACUACUUUACUCUCGUAGUCUUAAAUAUUUUAUUCUACAUAUUUUAAACUUGACUGUCAAGUUUGUAUCUUAUUCAUAAUUUGCUUUUUAUUAUUAAAUUUUAUCAAUUUAUUUCAACAAUUUUUACAUUUAAGUUGAUUUGAUUUUAGACUAGUUUUAUAACACUGACACUUUUUAUAUAAUUAUACCGUGUUGGCAACUGUUACUUUUGGGUCGGCAUUUACAUGUGUGAAAGUAAAUCGCAUCUUAUGUCGGAGUGAGAGAAAUGCGACGGUGUG